AUGAUGUACCAUCAUCAACACCACCAUCAAAACCAACACCAACACCAACACCAUCACCAAGGAAAGAACAUUCACUCUUCUUCUUCUGCUUCUUCAAGGAUGUCUAUUCCUCCGGAAAGGCAUUUGUUUCUACAGGGUGAUCAAAAUGGUCCGGGAGAUUCAGGACUUGUCCUCUCAACUGAUGCCAAGCCCAGACUCAAAUGGACGCCUGAUCUCCACGAGCGAUUUAUCGAAGCAGUUAACCAGCUAGGUGGAGCAGACAAGGCUACUCCUAAAACAGUAAUGAAACUUAUGGGGAUUCCAGGCCUUACAUUAUACCACCUCAAGAGUCAUCUUCAGAAGUACAGGCUUAGCAAGAAUCUGCAUGGACAUGCUACAAGUGGGACCAGCAAAAUUGGUACAGUUCCAGUGGCAGCAGAGAGAUUAUCUGAAGCAAAUGGAACCCACAUGAGCAAUAUGAGCACUGGACCCCAAGCAAAUAAAGGGUUACAUAUAAGUGAAACACUACAGAUGCAAAUUGAAGUGCAGAGAAGGCUACACGAACAGCUUGAGGUUCAGCGACACUUACAACUUCGUAUAGAGGCUCAAGGAAAAUACUUACAAUCAGUGCUGGAGAAAGCCCAGGAGACACUAGGAAGACAGAACUUAGGUACAGUGGGACUCGAAGCUGCCAAAGUUCAACUCUCUGAACUGGUGUCCAAAGUAUCCACCCAAUGCUUGAACUCUGCCUUUACGGAGCUGAAAGAAUUACAAGGAUUGUGCCCCCAGCAAACACAAACAACCCAGCCCACCGAUUGUUCAAUGGACAGCUGCCUGACGUCCUGCGAAGGAUCUAAAAAGGACCAAGAGAUACACAACAGUGCAAUGGGGCUAAGAGCUAAUUAUAAUGGCAGGGAGCUCCUGGAUGAAAAAGAACCCAUGCUACAGAAGACUGAGCUUAAGUGGUGUGAAGAACUAAAAGAGAAUAACAUGCUUCUUUCCUCCAUAAGUAAUGAUGCAGCAAAAAGAAUAUUUCCUGUGGAAAGAAGGUCAAGUGACUUAUCCAUGAGCAUUGGAUGUCAAGGAGAAAGAUGGAACAUUGAUAGCAACGGAAACUCUGAAGAAAGAUUGAAAGGAAGAAGCACGGAUGGCAGCUUUCUAGACCGUACAAACAACCGGGCGGAUUCAGCUAAAGCAGAGACUGAGAAAGUUUCUCGAGGAUAUAGAUCAGUGCCUUACUUUGCAGCAAAACUAGACCUAAAUACUCAUGAUGAUAACGAUGCUCCUUCAAGUUGCAAACAGUUUGACUUGAAUGGUUUUAGCUGGAGCUAA